UUGGUUAUCUGUUCACAUGCGAUAUCUGAUAGUAUAUCUUCAAUUCUUGGCAGAGCCUUUCUUCUCGACUUUCUCUUCUUCUUUGUAUGAUUCAGAUUAAAUCAAUUCUUGCGGUUAAUUUGUACAUUGGUGCUGCUAGGGAUGCUAGUUGAGGUUCCUGUCAAGGUAUCAAAGCCAAGAUGUGCCCGAAUCACCAAUAUAUACAAGGGGGUCAUUGAAGGAAAGCUUCUGUCUUUAGAUCCACCCAACUCAGCGGAGACUGGCUUGCGUUCGUCGGAAUACCCCACCACAUUAUCUAUCAUCGAAGACUUGUCCAGAAGGAACAUUUGAAUGCCUCCUAGAAAGGUGGCAAAACCCAGAGCUAGGAAGGCUGAAGUUGUUGAGAUUGAUCCAGAAGUCUCUAACAAUGAUGAUGAGGACCCUGGCAAUGUAAAAAGUCAGUCCAGAGGGUCAUGGACUGCCUGAAUAUUGACAAGUGGCGGACCGUCGCAAGCCAGAACAUCAUCUGCUUCAAGUAUUACUCGCCUUCAAAUUCGAGGGCACGCUUGGGUGCUGAAAACUCCGGCUCUUUCAAUUAGGAGAUUUUUGUAAUAGAAUA